AUGUCGACCUUAACUGACCCGCUGAUUGCAGACUACCUUCGCCGUAAUGGGUUUACAGACACACUGAGGUCAUUCGAAUCGCACGUUGGUGUACAACCUCGUAUAAACUACGAGAAGCUGGAAGACAUUAUCCAUGAUCGAACUGCCUAUAUGGACAGAGGAACCGAUGGGUUGGUUGAUUCCGGUGCUAAUAUCAACAACAAGUCGGAGAACUCGCAUCUGUUCAAUAAAUGGAGCGGGAUUGAGCUACACAGCCUGAAGGAGAUUAAUCAUGGAAGUCUAUUCAUCGAUAUGUCUCUCGGUAGGUAUGGCAAUCGACAAGUUGUGUUCUUGUCAGCCAGUGAUAAGUCCAUCUGCAUCUAUGACGUCUCAAAGGGCCAAAUAACAAAUAGAUUCACCGAAUUGUCCAAUACGGUAACGAAAUGUUGCUAUCCUAUUAAUGACCAAGGGUUAGUGUCGUUGUGCGGGAUGGACGGUGUCAUGAGACUGGUACAAUUGUGCGAUGAACCAAGAGUGAUAACCAGCUGCCAACUGCACAACAGACUGAUUACAGACUUUGAGGUGUUUGUUCUCAAAGGUGUCAAAUAUAUCGUUUCAAUUGGCUGGGAUAAGUACGUCAAGGUUCACAAAUUGGUUGAUGAGGAUACCAAGGUUGAAUUUGUCUCUCAGUUUGAACUGUUGACGAAUGCAACAAGUGUCAAGGCGUGCCAAACACCAAGUGGCCAUUUACUCGUGCUAGUGACUAGAAUGGAUUCGUCGUUGGUUUCCAUUCUAACCCCUUUCCUGGGGAAUGAGCUUCGGGAAAUCUCCAGGAUAUCUUUGAACGAUGCACAGUUCUCAACACAUGCCUUCACAGCAAUGUCCAUGGACUUGAGCUUUAACAACAAUGAUUCGAUCUGCAAUGAUGAUUCGAAGAUCGUUGUGAGCACAUCUGAUGUGCCAUAUAUGAGACUCAUAGUUGCUAAAUUCCCCACAGAUCUGGAUAAGAGAAUUGAGCAACAGUUACCCACAAUUGGGGACUUGAGCCUGGAGAGAACUACGGAGAGCUCGCAAUCACUGAUCAGUGUCAUUGACAGGGACGUUGUACUGUUAAACCUCAGCACAAAUGCUCCACAGGAUAAGCUUAGCCAGAGCAAGAUUCAAUACUCCAACGAGGAUAAAGGCGUGUGGAUCUUUAGUGAGUGUGGUGAGGUUCUCGCUAUUGAUCUCUACACGGGCGAUAACGUGUGUAUCAAGAAGAGUUUCCAGCUCCAACGGAUCAAAUGUGCCAUUGCGUUUGUCUGUCCGGACGGUUGUGAACGUCUACUGAUUGCACAGGCAGACAAGUCGUUAGUCGUUGUUGACUCUACAAAUCAAUAG